AUGGAUUGCCCUGCCGUGAAUUUCCAUGGCAUUGAACUACAAUCUCACGAGAAAGGGGAUAGUAAACAGAGUUCUUUUUGUGCCCCCCGAACCCCUUCCAAUCUAGAGGAACAUGAGAUACUCACUUCUUCUGGUUUAUACCAACGGGUCUACGUUCAACCUAAUAAGAAUAAAACUGCAAUUAUCACUUAUCAUGAUAUUGGAACUAAUCAUACAUCCUUCCUUAGUUUAUUCAAUAAUCCUGAAAUGCGUGUAAUUACUGAAAAUUUCACAGUUUAUCAUAUAUGUGCUCCUGGACACCAUGAAAAUGCAACAAAUAUUAGUUUUGGUGAACCUGGUCAAGAUCAAGUAUUAUUAUCAUCACAGCCAGAUAUACAAAAACAACGUCAAUCAGUUUCAUCAGUUACUGGUAGUAGAGGUAGUAUUUUUGAAGCAGUUCGUAGAAGAUCUUCACUAUUAAUGAAUCGGUCUCGUUAUCCGAAUAUGGAUCAGUUGGCUGAUAUGAUCACAUCGGUCCUUGUUCAUUUUGGAAUAAACUAUUUUUUGGGUUUUGGAAUGGGAGCUGGGUCAAACAUUCUUGCUCGUUAUGCGCUUCGUUAUCCGGAUCAAGUAUUGGGAUUAUUCCUUAUCAAUCCAAAUGCAUCAACUCAUGGUUAUUAUCAAUGGUUCCGUAAUGUUUGGUCUGAUUUACCUGCACUUGAACGCGGUGUACUAACUGAUAAUUUAAUGAGUCAAUUAGAAGCUCAUUGGUUUGGAUUUGGUUUAGUCGAAAAUGCUGAUGUAGCUAAUUUUUAUGAAUCAUUAACACGAAGUUUAAAUCCAGCUAAUUUAGCUGGUUAUAUACGUUCUUAUGUGGAUCGAACACCAUUACCAUUGGUUCGACCAAUACUUGGUCCUCCAAUGCCUGAUGCUCAAACAAAUCCAAAUGAAGAACCAACAGUUAUACUUACUGAAGUAUGUUUAGUAACUGGUGAUCGUGCUGUGGAAUUGUCACGUGCUUUAGCUGAUAUGAAUGGACGUAUGGAUCCGAAACGUACACAAUUUCUUAUGAUGCCUGAUUGUACUGGUAUGGUGAUGGAAGAGAAUCCUAGCAAAUUAAUCAUGAACUUUUUACACUUCUUACGUAGUAUUGGACUUGUUGUUAAUCUUACACCAGAGAAAAUGCGUCAACAAGCGACAGAUUUACAACAAUCUAUGCUUGAAGAAUUACCUGAAACAUGUUUACCAGCUAAAUUGGUUAUGGAACCUGAAGUUUGA